AUGGCAUCUUCCCAAUAUUUCUUCAUCCUUGCGAUUGUAGCAAUUCUUGUCCCUUCAAUUUUGGCCACAGAGUUUGUGGUUGGUGAUGACAAGGGUGGGACUGUUGACUAUAAUUACAUAGCUUGGGCUCAAGGAAAGGAGUUCCAUGUGAAUCAAGUUCUUGGUGCAGUUUUCAAGUAUACACCGGGAUCCCAUAUUGUUCUUGAAGUCAAUGAAAUUGGCUUCCAACAAUGUGUGGCACCGUUGGGAACUGAGGCCUUGGUUAGUGGAAAUGAUGUGAUUACCCUAGCAAUCUUGGGAAGAAAUUGGUAUAUUUGUGGUGUUGCCAAUCAUUGUCAGAUUAACAAUCAAAAGCUUGCCAUAACAGAGUCUCCAGCACCUUCUCCCGUAUCAAAUCAGCCAAUUCAGGGCGUUGUUCAUGUCGAUGGUGUCCAAGAAGCAUUUCAUGAUUCAGCAUUACAACUUGAAAGUUGUCAAUGGUGCAUGUCACCUCUCAAUGCAGCAAAGUGA